CAUGAUCAAUUCUCCGCCUGACGUUUCGAUACCUUGUGACGGACGGACGUUUUUCUUCUGUGCUGAAAAAUUACACCCAAAUCCCUUCCAAAAUGAAAAUUUGUGGUCCAAAACUAUCACUUUGCGGACUCAUCGUAUCCGUUUGGGGAAUAGUGCAGUUGGUUUUGAUGGGUGUAUUUUACUACAUUCAUAGCGUUGCCUUGAUUGAGGACCUGCCUGAGUUCGAGUAUGAGAACCCGGAGCAGUUUUACACGAACGUAAAUAAUGCAUACAAUCAGAAUGCUUUCAACUGUUGGAUUGCAGCAUGUAUCUACGUAUUUACAUUGAUCCUCUCCGGACAACAAUUUUACGCAAACAGUCGUAGUUCCACCGCUUAAAAAAUUCCUCCUAAGUAUUUUUAAUUAUAGAUAUCAAAAUAGAAGGAAAAGUUAGAAGCUAAAAAAUUACCCUUACACCGUAACAAUCGACGUGUCAAACAUUUUUUGAAUUUGCAAGGAACCCAAAGACAACCGGAAACUAAGAUUAUUAUUACUCCUGUUGCAGUUUUAAACAAUUUUCCAAUGAUAGCUUCUGUAUGGUAGGGGUUGGAGUAAACGCACCAAACACUGCGUUAAAAAUGCAUUAAAAAAUUACAAGGAUCGGUUAAACUAAUGUCCUUAUUGAGGCCCUUAUAUAAAAGAUACAGCGUUCAACAUGUAUAUUGGAAAUGAUAUUUAAUGCGAGUAUUUAUGAAGCAGCGUAACACAAAGUUUCCACGUAUUAUCAGUUAUUUAUGGUUUGUUGUUUGUCCCCGUGCGUUGGUAGUUUCACAUGAUCAGCACAUAAGAAUAAGUUAAGGUGUAAAAACUAUUUUAAUCUUUUAAUCUAUCUUUCGACUGUUUUGAUUGUUUGUUAUGCGCUUUGGUUUGAUUUUCAUCCCGUAACACGUUAAAUCAUCUGUGCAGCCACAUUCCUCUUAUAUCACGUUUUGCAAUUGUAAAAAGUCAUGAGUAUGGACAUACGAAACACUUCAAGGAAGAUCUAAAUUGAAAAUAAAAGAAACUGAUGUAAAUUGUUUAGCGAUAUAUUCAUAAUAAAUGUUAUUCAUAUUUAGAAAA